AUGGCAUGUACUGAAGAAGAAUUUUUAGAGAUUUUAGGAACAGAGGUGUUCAUUGAUAUGAACAAGUUGAUUGCAGUAUCUAGACAUGGUAUACCUGAACGUGUUCGAUCUGAAGUGUGGAAGUAUCUUUUGGGUGUAUCAAAGAAUGACAAAUCAGAGGAGGAGAGAGUAAGAAAACAACAGUUACAAGAUUACAAAGAGAUCGAUAAGAAUGAUUCAGAGAUUACAAAAAAGAUAAGAAAUCAUUUAAAACGUUAUCAAAUAAAUUCAAAAGAAUCACGUGGAAAGGUAGAUCUACAAUCAGUAGAAAAUAGAAACAAGAUAGAGAAUAUAAUCAUCUCCUAUAUCAACUAUAAUAAUGAUAUCGAAUACAACUUUGGAAUGUUGGCUAUUCUCGGACCAUUCAUGUGUACACUGCAGACAGAGAGCGAUAUCUUCUACUGCUAUGUUGCCAUGAUGAAGAAGAUCGAAGAGAACUUGGCACAAGACAGUCUCACCUCUAAGCUAUCGAGAUUUAUGAUGUAUUUUAGAUCUGUUAUACCAGAGUUAAGUAGUUAA